GAGGAGUAUGUGGUGGUCAACUUUUACCACCUGGUGGACAUCCCGCGCCCCCACGAGGUCAUCAACAACCACCGGGCGUGGAUGGAGGGGCGGGAGGUGCGCGGCCGCAUCUACAUCUCCGAGCAGGGUAUCAACGCACAGUACGGCGGGCUGCGGAAAGACGCAGAGGGCUACGCGCGCUGGCUGGCCGACACGCAGCCGCUAUUCAAGGGCCUGUUGUACACCGUGUGGCCUGUGGAGGGCCACCAGUAUCCCAAGCUGCGCCUCAAGUACCGCCCAAACCUCAUCUCGCUGGCGGGAGGCAUGCAGGCGCUGCCCAUCACAGACCCGGCCGCCCGCGCCAUCCCCACCCCGCCCACCGAGUGGAAGCGCAUGCUCAGUGAGGGGCAGCGAACGGGCGAGAUGCCGCUGGUGCUGGACGUGCGCAACAGCUACGAGUGGGACGCGGGGCACUUUCCUUGCCACCUGCCGCCGCCGCCGCUGCUGCUGCUGGCUCAAUCUGCACCGCAUGCGACACCAUUGCCGCCUGCCCUCCUGCCACAGAACGCCGACCCCGACCGACCAGUCAUGAUUUACUGCACUGGCGGCAUCCGCUGCGACGUCUAUGGCACCUAUCUGCGCAAGAAGGGCUUCAACAAGCUGUACACUCUGGAGGGAGGCAUCCAGAACUACAUGCGGGAAGAGGGGCUGGACCAUUGGAACGGCUCCCUGUUUGUGUUUGACGGGCGCAUGGCCAUCCGGCCCAACAAAGACAAGGAGGAAGAGCUGGAGGCGGCGGCGCCGUGCCAAGUGUGCGGCGCCACUGCCGUGCUGCCUCACAUGAACUGCGCAAACAUCGAUUGCAACAAGCUUUUCAUUGCCUGCGAUGCCUGCAAGACCAAGUUCAGCGGCUGCUGCUGCGAGGCGUGCACGGCGGCGCCGCGCCUG